ACGUUUGCGUUUUGGUUGGUUAGUAAUAAAACAACACUCCGUUGGACGAAACACAAAAAAGCCCAUCUCAUCCACACAACACAAAUUAUUCUCUCUCUCUCUCUCUCCGGCGAUGCCUUCCUUAUCUACGCCUCCGUCGCAAACUCUCGCCUUCUCCCCCGCCGUAGCGGCUUCCGCCACCUCAUCCAGACUCGCUCCCACCAAAAGACCGUUUUACCCUCAUCGUCUCUCGGAUCCUGCCGCACUCUGCCGCUGCUCCUCCUCCUCCGGUGGAAAUUCGUCCUCUGCCUCCUCCUCCUCCGAUGAUGAGAACCCUCCUAGAUGGGACGCCGCGAUUCAGGAUGUCCUAAAGAGCGCCAUCAAACGCUUCGAUUCGGUCCUGAGCUGGUACAGCACCACGGGUCAGGAUAAGGAUGCUGGAGACGACGACGACGACGUCGUUUUGGGGGAGCAAGGUGAGGAAAGUGAUUGGGAUUGGGAGCGAUGGAAGAAGCAUUUCGAACUGAUUGAUGACCAAGACCGUCUCAUCUCCGUCCUAAAGUCGCAAUUGAAUGGAGCUGUUAAACGAGAAGAGUAUGAAGAUGCUGCGAGGCUCAAGGUGGCAAUUGCUGCUGCUGCUACUAAUGAUGCUGUUGGCAGAGUCAUGUCCAGCUUCAAUAGAGCUGUUCUUGAAGAGCGGUACAAGGAUGCAGUAUACUUACGAGACAAAGCUGGUGCUGGGUUGGUAGGGUGGUGGUCGGGUAUUUCGGAAGAUGUCAAAGAUCCUUUUGGUCUUAUCGUUCAAAUUACCGCAGAGCAUGGAAGAUAUGUGGCAAGAAGCUAUAAUCCUAGGCAGCUUAGUACAUCUGCUGCGGGUGCUCCUCUUUUUGAAAUCUUUCUUACACUCGAUGGAAAAGGGAACUACAAAAAACAGGCUGUGUACUUAAAAUGGAAGGAGAUUUUUCCAGACGUUCCAACAAUGCCAUCCAGAACUCUGAACUCUCCCAGGUUCUUAACUCCACCACCGGGUAGGAAGGAAGACGCAGGUAAUCUCGCGGUGGAGAGUAGUGAAGAUGAAGAGAGUGAUAACUCAGACGACGAUUCUGAUCUCCUCGAGGAUUCUUCUGGCUUCCAGACGUUCCUGCGAGAUAUGAUCCCUGGGGUCAAAGUCAAGGUUAUGAAAGUUACUGCGCCUGGAAAGGUGGACAAGGAUUUCAUCUCAAAAGUUAUUGAGCAGAUAGCGGAUGAUGAAGAAGACGAAGAAGAUGAAGAGAAGGACUUUGAUAUAGAAGAGAUAGAAGUGGAAGAGGGAACUAAGGCGGAAAGUGAGGAUAAAAACGCUGACAUUGAAUUGGAAUCUGUGACUGAUGAGAUCAUUGACAACAACGGAGGGAGAGAAAUCGCGGUUAAGUUUGUGAUAGGCGAUAUUGUUGAUAGGCUUUCUGGAAACCAGCCUCUUAAAGAGUCACUACGGUCACCUGCAAAUCUGGAAUCUGUGGAGAAGUCUUCGUUUUAUCUCCGGUUAGAGAAAGAUUUGAACGUGCAACAAGAGUCCAAGGGUGUGGAGAGUACUUUACUUGAUGGAAAAGGUAGCAGGCAAAGUAGACGCAGGAUUGAUAACAUUAUGGUUGAUCUGGCCAAGUCCAUUGAAAAAGAUAAGAAGAUUUCUCUCAAGAUGCUUAAGGAUGUUGGGGAGCUACUAAGCCUCACUCUCAGCCAGGCUCAAAACCGUCAACAGUUGUCGGGUUUGACGAAGUUCCGGCGCAUUGAUGUGACUCCAUCACCAGAUCCUCUAGAUGGGUUAUAUAUUGGCGCACAUGGACUGUAUACAUCAGAAGUAAUUCAUUUGAAACGCAAAUUUGGCCAGUGGAAAGGUGGAAAGGAGUCUAAGAAGCCAACAGAUAUUGAAUUCUAUGAAUAUGUAGAAGCCGUGAAGUUAACUGGAGAUCCUUAUGUGCCUGCUGGGAAGGUAGCAUUUCGCGCAAAGAUUGGUAGACGUUAUGAGCUUCCACAUAGAGGUCUCAUCCCUGAAGAAUUUGGAGUGAUUGCUAGAUACAAGGGACAAGGUAGGCUUGCUGAUCCUGGAUUCCGUAAUCCAAGAUGGGUAGAUGGCGAGCUUGUUAUCCUGGAUGGCAAGUAUGUAAAAGGAGGACCUGUCGUAGGAUUUGUAUACUGGGCACCUGAAUAUCACUUUGUGAUGUUCUUCAACCGCCUGAGGCUUCAAUCCUAGUCGUUUGUCUUUACCUUCUCUUCCUGCAACCGAGGAGUAGUUUUCUUCUGCUAUUACCAUUGUAAGUGUACUACAGAUUCAUGGGACCGGUUAUAUAAAAUUAGUUCACGUUCAAGGCUUGCUCUUAUAUUUCUGGACUGGUGAUGAGAUUACUUCAAGUUGCUGCUGCCUCUUUUCUUGCGGCAAGGUUGAGCACAUCAGAGUGAUCAUGCAGUGAAACUAGUUGGAUUCUGAGAGUGUAGUCAGAAAGGAAACCGGAUUGUCAGGUUGGAGAAGUCUCUCUUUCUCUCUAGAUAUUAUGUGUAAAUUAAUGUAUGUUUCUCAGAGAUUUCUUGUUUGAUAAGAGUUGCUAUUAUAUAACUUCCUUGUAUAUUCUUUCAGUUCUCAAAUAAUAUAAUAAGAUAUACAAGAAUGAGAGGUACUUCUCUCAUCUGAGUAUUAAUUGAAAUUUGGUUACACC